AAAUAACACUCAGUUUCAAACAAAAUGGCGACGAAAGCGUUUUUGAGGACUGCUGUGGUUCUCUCAGUCUCAGCUUUUGUGCUGAUGUUUAUUGCUUUUGCCUCGCCGUACUGGUACAAAUCAUGGACCCGCGUCCACAGUCCUUUUGCUAACAUUGGUCUGUGGCACGUUUGUCUCAGCGGGUUUAUUAUGCCGAUGGAUCCUGUGAUGAAAUCUUAUGUUGGCUGCUGGUGGAUUCACUCCACGGAGUUCGAUGCCAUCAAAAACGAUCUGCAGCCAGUAUGGUUUCGAUUCAUCCAGGCAUUCAGCAUCUUUGCACUGAUUGGAGACCUGAUAGGUGCUGUGUUAACCAUCCUGUACAUCCCGGAGGAGAUGCGGAUGAAAGUGUACAAGAAUAGGCCAAGGAUGUUCUUCAUCAUCAGUGCCUUUCUGCUCGGAAGUGCCUUCUUGGUGUUCCUGAUUGCCCUGGUGUUUGCCGAGAUGACCAACGACUCCAGCUGGAUGCCACGGCCGUGGAUGAACUAUCUGUCCUGGAGCUACGGCCUCUGUGUGCUCUCCGGAUUCUUCUCUGCUUUUGCCGGCAUGUGCGUCUUUGUCUUAGGACUUAUAUACAAGGAUAAGGAAGAGAACGGAGAUCCCGGUGUGACUUCUGCCGCGGAGUUUGCCAGAAAACGUCGCGAGUUGGAAAAGCAAGACGAAGCCAUGAGGUCCCAGCCAGGCAUGAUCACAGACAUGCAACUCCACCAGCGCAAUGUGCAGCCAUACUAUCAGUCGCAGUAUCAGCAGGAGCCGGCCCUACAGGACAAGCCGGACAGGAAGGGGCCGCACUCCGUCGCUGGCUCGCAGAGCACACGCGAUGGGGAGUCCUUUGUAUAAUGUAUAAAUGAGUUCGCCAUGCCAUAGUACAGUGAGGAGGACAAUGUGAUUUGGUUUUAUCUUGUGAAGUUGUUUUCAGUCUGACGAGUAGACAUAUUUGGACGCAAUUGUUUGGGGAUGUUUUGUUUUUGUUUCAUGACACAUUCCAUGUUACUACACUUCAGUUUGCUGGUAUUCCAGAAAUUUUCAUCAGAAGUCUGAAAAGUUAAUCCAAUUCCAAGAGUCAUGGUUUAAAUUGUAGGAGGCAGUUUGUCCUGUAUGUUUGUGUGAAAUGAAAGAGACAGAUUUACUGACGAACGUUUAAAUGUAUGUGUAUGUGUGAAUUGCCUGGAAUUAUUUUUGGUGACUGUAGUAACUCAUUUAUCUUACUUUGUUGAUGUUCGUGUUCUAAACAAAAGAUUUCUAAAUUUUUGUCGCACUAUCUUGGAACCAAGCUGCAAAAAACUUAAAAUGGGCAGGUUUUAUUUGGUGUUAUAAUAUUUAUUUUAAAAAUGUCAAGAGAAUCUGUUAAUUGUUGAAUUUUAAAGUUUCAAUAUUUGGGUUUUAAAAAAAAAUAGUUUCAUUGUAAUUACUGACAAUGUUUGAAAGAUUUAUUUUUUUUUAUGGAAAAAGUGUCCCGUCAUGAACUCAACAAGGGUAAGCUGUUCAACAUCCACAGAGUGCUUGGUUCUGUCCUUUUUAAAGGGGCUAGCAGAAUUAAAAGGGCUGGCUUUCAUUUGAGCAUAGUAAAUCUUAAGUUUUUGUGGAGUACAGUUGUGAAACAGUGAUGCUGAACCAAAAUUUACACGAUUGAGUGGAUCAUCGAAUGUCAGAUGUUUCGUUAAUGUAAGAGGAAGGAUUUUUUUUUUCAUGAUCUGCUGUACAUAUUAUUUCAAAGAGAGGGGCAGUCACCACAGUUGAGACAGAAGUUGUUGCUCUUUUGUCUUUAUUGUAGGGGUAUUUUUUUUUUCUCAUUUGGGACUGAUCUCACCCUUCGCAAUAAUAUCCUGUCCAAAUAGUUUAUUUAGUCAAAUUUGCAUAAUUAUGCUAGAUAAGUUUUCUUUUCUUUUGGAAAAUUCUCUUCGCUAAAAAACAAAAAUGUUUGUCUUGUAUUGAAAUUCUGUCAAGAAAAAAAUGUUUUCUAAAAAGUACUGCCAAAUUUGAGGUAGAAGUAGAAAAGAUACCUAAACUAAAAUCCCUUUUUUUGAAGAAAGAUUUAAAGUUCAGCGUGUUGUGGAGUUUGAAUCAAUUCCCGUGUAAUUCUUUGCGCUAAUGAGGAAUUUGUGUUCUUAAAUAAAGUUCAUUAGUCUAAAUAAUUUUUGCUUCACCGUUUUGCUCAUUUAUCUCACAGAAAUGAUGAUAUAACCUAAAAGUUUGCUGUUGUAAAAUUUUCAUUUUCCUUACCCAUUGCAUGUAAAUAGAUGUUAUAUAUAAAACUGUAGUGUAUAUAAAUGUUAUAUUUCUUUGAAGAUUAUCUUACAUCAUCCAGUACAUUCCAAAUAGAUCUAGUUCUGAAAAAAUUUUUACAAGAAUUUUUUUUUGCAUUUCUUGUUCCCUUGAGUAAGGUUCUUUUGCUUUUGUGGACUUUAGAGAAAUAAAACAAGAGACAUCAUUUUGGCUUAAUUGUUUUUGUUGGCAUUUGUUCUGUUGUUCUAUUUUCUUAACAGAAAGGAGAUACAUAAUCAUGAAUUGUUAAAGAUAAAGUCAAGCCAUUCCUUCUGUAGGCCAUCAAUAGUAACCUCUCUCAUUGUAUAGGUAUAGACCUGCGGUCACAGUGUUUUUUUCUUUUUUUCCUUUUUUUUUUAAGAACCAUGGAAAUAAAGUCGGAAUAAAUUUUGUCGGAAAGUGCUCUGAGCUUAUUUGGAAAGGAUAAAUGGUUCCACCUCAUCAGUUAUCGUGUACAGCAGGAUAAUUUUCCAGCUAACAGUGGACAGUGCUUUUACAUUCCCAAAUGUGACACAUCAUCACACUCCAGAGAUGAUCAUUGUCACAGUGCCGUCUGAUUUGACCUUGAUCAAUUUGAUACAUUUAAUUACUGGAAUAUAUCCACAUGAUGUAGCAGUAUCUCUCAAGGAGCUGUCCAUGAGCUGUUGUGGUGUUGUUGCUUCACAAACGGGCCGACUAGUUUUGGGUUAAUGUUUGCAUCCACCUUAUGUGAAAUCUGCACUUUUUCAUUCGGGAAUAUGUAUCUUCUCAGCCCAGUGUUGAGAAAGGAGUCAGGUGCUCCCCCUUUUAGAUCGAUCUAUUACUGUGUGUAGAAGACAAAGUCAUAAUUUUUUUCUAAUGUACAUUUUAAGAGAACCAUUUUUUCAUCAUAAUGUAUGCCUACUUAUAUGAGGCUCCUCUCGUUAUACCAUUUGUUAAUUUGUUUAGGCCUGCCAAGUACUUUGAUAAAAUCUGAGCUUUCCAAUUUAAAAAAAUAAAUUUUGUUUUGUUUUGCACAUAGAACCUCGGUCAGAUUUAUAUGAAAUCUGAUUAUUUUUUUCCUUCGUUGCUAUAAGUUGUUGAUGUGAUAGUAGACAUUUUUAAUUGCAUUUAUUUGCAGUGCAUGUUUAUUUGCCAUAGUCAGAAAGUUACGUAAAUCUUGAUCUACUGGAGUUUUGGAGAUUUCAGCAAUUGUUUCUCCAAAAUUCCGAUUAAUGAGGGAAUUCUCAGACAAACUCUUAUUUUUGGUCCUGGAGUGGUUGGCAGGUCUAAUUGUUUCCCAAUUGUACUGUAAGAUAGACCACACCUUAUUCUUGUCUUCAGCCAGUCUAGGGCAGCUGCAGAGCCUUUGACUCUACGUGUACAGAAAACGAACCCUAUAGCCUUAUGUACAGAGGAAGUUUUGUUACUGAAUUAACAUACCAAUAAAGGCUGCCAAUUUGCACACCU